CUACUUCCGGGUCAGCAGUAAUCCGAGGGCAGCUCCAUGGUGUCCGGGUGUUUCUUCAUCUGCUGUGAACGUCUGUGAUUAAAGAGCCUCGACAACAUGGCGACCACUAUCAGCACUCAGCGGGGACAGGUGUAUAUCGGGGAGCUUCCCCAGGACUUCCUGCGGAUCACUCCCACACAGCAGCAGCAGCAGGUGCAGCUGGAUGCCCAGGCAGCCAGACAGCUGCAGUAUGGAGGCUCAAUGGGCACCGUAGGGCGACUCAGCAUUACUGUGGUCCAGGCCAAGCUGGCUAAAAACUACGGAAUGACCCGGAUGGAUCCGUACUGUAGGGUCCGACUGGGCUAUGCAGUCUACGAAACGCCGACCGCUCACAACGGAGCCAAGAACCCUCGCUGGAACAAGGUGAUCCAGUGCACGGUGCCUCCCGGGGUGGACUCCUUCUACCUGGAGAUCUUUGAUGAGAGAGCGUUCUCCAUGGACGACCGGAUAGCGUGGACUCACGUCACCAUCCCUGAGGGCCUGAGGGAGGGCAGCGUGGUGGACGAGUGGUUCAGCCUCAGCGGCAGACAGGGCGACGACAAGGAGGGCAUGAUCAACCUGGUGAUGUCUUUUGCUUCCUUACCAGCAGGGAUGAUGACUCAGCCUGUUGUCCUAAUGCCUUCUGUGUAUCAGCAAGGAGUGGGAUAUGUGCCCAUCGCAGGAGUGCCUGCAGUCUACAACCAGGGCAUGGUGCCCAUGGCAAUGCCAGCAACCAUGCCAGCAGUUGGGGCUCAGGAGCCAGUGUGCAGCGAGGAGGACCUGAAGGCUCUGCAGGACAUGUUCCCCAACCUGGACAAGGAGGUGGUUCGCACGGUGCUGGACGCACAGCAGGGCAACAAGGACGCUGCCAUCAACUCUCUGCUGCAGAUGGCCGAGGAGCUCUAACUGCAGAGCACGAGCUCGCAGUGGACAUGCUAACACACACACACACACACACACGUACACACGCACACAAACAGGUAAGCAUGCACACCGACAUAUACACGGAGAGACUGCCCACCCUUUGCAUCCACACAGACACAGCCACACACUGCAGCCAUACCUGAGCUCCCACCAGCUCAGCUGGUUGCCACAGAGAUCUGUCUCCUCUCCCUUUAUUGACUCCUUGUUGGCCUAACAGUACAUGAAGAAUCCUGGGCUGUCUCUGCUAACACUCAGCUGUCUGUCACAACUGACACUAUCUCCUCAAAGCAUCGCAACAACCGCUGGUUUAAGAUGAUAUCGGAUGUAUUUGGGAAAUUCUGACAGGAUCACUGAGGUUUGUAUCAGAGUAGAGACUCAAACUUAAUACUGAAUUGGCAGUAGUGUGACUCAAUGAGCAUUGUAAAUCUUAAUAGUCGGGAUCAUUAUGUGUUUCUUGAUUGUUUCAACAGCACAAUCGUUCACUGUAUCCAUGGUAACCCAUCUGCACUCCCCAGGGUUUGAUUUGCACUGUUUGAGCUGUAGUGAGUCAUGUUCAGUCCAUCUUCUGUUGAUGUUGUUAACAGUGUGUGGAGAAGCUGUCUAUAGUAACCUGCAGCGAACUGCUUCUGUUUCAUAUGUAGCUGUAAAAUGUUUAGUGCACUCAAAAUCUGAUAAAUUAUUAUGGAUGUAUUAAAUUAUGUCGAAUUCUUUAUGGCGACAAGAGAACUGAGAAUGAAGAAAUAACCUGAGACAGUAAGGUUUAUAAGUUAUCUUUCACAGUGAAUUUAAUGUAGCCUGUUUCAGUCGGUGAAGUAAGGAUGGGAAGACCUGAUGCUGUUAGGAAGAUCCUGUGGAUUGGCUUCUUAAAACAAUUAUGAGAAUGAAGAUUUCACUUUCCUGAUGAGAUUAGGGUGUUUGGAAGCUCAGUAGGAUGUUUGAUUAGAGUUUUAGAGACCAAAACACUUUCCAUCCAAGUUAAUCAUCUGCCAUGGAUGGAAGAUGUAGUCUAAGAUCCCUGUCUGGUAAGAUUUAGUUAUCCUAUAACUGUCUGUACUGUAGAUUGGCAGAUAAACAGUCAUUCUUAUACAUUCUAACUUUUAGCCAAUGAAAUAAUAAUGAAAUUCAAAUAUUCACAAUUUUCUGCACCCAGUUUGAGAGGCACUGGUCUAAGCAGUGACUCAGAUAAAGUGGAGAGUAACUUUCAAUGAGCUAAAUGUCCACAUCUGUUUUCAGGAGGAGCUGAGGCUAACAUUAUAGUGACCAGACUUCCAUGAAAUGUGCUUUGGCUGUUCAUGGUCCCCAGAAGCUGACUCCUGACCAUCAGCUAAGAUUUUACAUGAGGAAAAAAACCAGACAGAUUUGGGGGAGCUCAUUCAUGCUUCAUAGUUCGGUGUAUUGCACAGCAGCUUCUAACACCGCAAGCAGAGCUUUACAUGUUUAGUCUUCUUUCAGCCGCAGUAUUUGUAGUUCCUAAAGCUUUCCACUGACACUUGUAGCUUACAAGGUCUUGUUGUUAAUGUGCUGUCUGCCAAAGGUUUCAUGUAAGAGAUGUCUUAUAGUUGUGACUUUUCACUUGUGAUUCCAAAACUACUGCUGUUGAGAUUGUUAAAAUGUAAAUUUUA